AAGCGAACGCUUAAGCGAACCAAUUCAUUGACACAGAAGGGAUCAACUAAUUAUCCAAAUUCUGCUGGAAUUAAGAAGAAUUCAUCGAAGAAAUCGUUUAAACACAUCGAGACUAUAGAAUUGUCAAGAAUUAAAUAUAUAGUGAAUGACAAAUCCGAUGAAUUUUCCAAUUGUUUUGCAAUUAUAACAAUUCCAUUGGCAAACGAGCGGUCAUUCUCUGCCUAUCCAUUUGAGGUGAAAACACCAGAAUUUGAUAGACACAAGUUCAUGGAUCACAUCACACAAACCAUAUUACAACUUAUGCCAGACUUCUCUCAAGAGAAUAUAAUACGAGAACAGUCUUUCAGGGAAUUAGACUUCGCCUGUUCUAACGUAAUCGCCCGAAACGUGAGCAAAUCCAAAUAUGCCAUUUAUAGGACUAAAGAGAAAAUCAACCGAACGUUUUCAGUGCGAAGACAAUCAUUGGCACCGGCCAUGUCUUUGGAGUCAUUACAUGUGCCCCCACUUCAGUCAUCACUUCCGCCGUCGUCUCCAUCGACGGGUCGACGGAUAUCUCGUAUGUUUUCCGGUUUUCUGAGCCCUAAAACGCUUCCGAAUCGCAAUUCGAACCGAUAUUUAAGUUCAAUG